UUUAACUACACUUCUUAUUAAUGUGCGUAGACGACCUUCCCCCCCCUUUUUAUUUUUUUCUAUCAACCAGCUGGCUUUUUACCCUCAAAUAUAUACACACAAAACAACAACAACAAUUUCCACUUCCUCCUCUUUUUAUUUUCCUUUUUCUUCUUUUCAAUCAUACUCUUUUUCCCAUCUUUUUUCUCCUUCUCUGCCAGCCAGACACGGCUGGCGCGUUCUCCACACAUUGAGAGACUU